UUUGAAAGUGCAUUGUAGGUCAACCUUGCCGAUCUAUGUAAAUUGUAAGGUCAGGCAACUUCGUGGAAAUGAGCAUCCUACAGAAAAUAGCCGAAAUAGAAGCAGAGAUGGCUAGGACACAGAAAAACAAAAAUACCAUGGGUCAUUUAGGAUUAUUAAAGGCUCGGUUGGCUAAACUUAGACGAGAACUUAUUGAACCCAAAGGUGGUACUGGCGGAGGUGGAGAAGGUUUUGAUGUUGCUAAAACGGGAGAUGCACGUAUCGGCUUUGUGGGUUUCCCAUCAGUCGGAAAGUCAACACUUCUGUGCAAUUUGGCCGGUGUCUAUUCUGAAGUGGCUGCCUAUGAGUUCACAACCCUUACCACUGUGCCAGGCGUUAUUAGGUACAAAGGAGCUAAAAUUCAACUACUUGAUCUACCCGGUAUUAUAGAAGGUGCCAAAGAUGGAAAGGGUAGAGGAAAACAGGUGAUAGCUGUUGCCCGAACGUGCACUCUCAUUCUCAUGGUGCUAGAUGUCCUUAAGCCUUUACAACACAAAAAACUUUUAGAAAACGAAUUAGAGGGAUUUGGUAUCAGAUUAAACAAAAGUCCUCCUAACAUUACAUUACGCCGUAAAGAAAAAGGAGGCCUGAAUAUUCAAAGUUUAGUCCCUCAAUCUGAAUUAGAUAAAGAAGUAAUAAAAACUAUUUUAAGUGAAUAUAAAAUACACAAUGCAGAUGUCUCACUUAGAUGCGAUGCAACUGCUGAAGAUCUAAUUGAUGUGAUUGAAGGAAGUCGUGUUUAUAUUCCGUGUAUAUAUGUUCUCAACAAAAUUGAUCAGAUUACCAUUGAGGAGUUAGAUAUCAUUUGUCGUGUUCCUCAUUGUGUGCCCAUUUCAGCUCAUCACAAAUGGAAUUUUGAUGAUCUGCUUGAGCUAAUAUGGGAGUAUUUAAACUUGAUAAGAAUUUACACAAAACCCAAAGGGCAGUUGCCUGAUUACAACGCUCCGGUUAUUUUGAGAUCUGCUUCGCAUACUGUUGAGGACUUUUGCAAUAAAUUGCACAAGACUUUAAUCAAGGAAUUCAAGUAUGCCUUUGUUUGGGGUUCUUCAGUAAAACAUCAACCACAGCGUGUAGGUAAAGAUCAUAUACUUCACGAUGAAGAUGUAGUACAAAUUGUUAAAAAGUAAGUAUCCACAGAUUACCUAGAAUAUCACCAUACAAUAUAUAAAUGAACAGUAUUCGUUUUAAGAAAUUGUCACCAAGUUCUACGGUUAUGAUUUCAAAAUAAUAAUCAAAACGAAUAACCGAAUUCGGCGCAAGUUUAUCUUUUUGGAAUCCAGGAUAUAAAUGUAGGUGAUGCAAUUAAUGUUUAACGUAUACUUGAACUGGAGCUGUGCUACAGUGGCUUUGGGGGUUCCAACGCUUAACAGAUGAGUUUGUAAGCAAAUAUCAGUCUGUACUUAUGUGGAAAUCAAAAGUUCAGUAAUGCAACUAAUAUAUUUUCUUAGACUAAAAGUUAAAAAAACUACACUAUAAAUGUAUUUAAAGUCAUAAACUUGAGUGUUAAAAUCAACAUACAGAUACAAUUUUUUUUACUUAAAGGACUCAACGAGGUUUUACCCUUUAGGUUUCUAUAUUUCCCCGAUAUUAGUAAAACUUUGUAUCCACAUUACCGCUGGUUUACUAUAGUUUUGUUUCAACCUUUUACUGCCCAGCAAGCCGUUCAUCCUAAAAAUCAUCAUCAUAAAAUCUACACCCAUGUAGUCAGUCAGUCAGCUACAACGUAGGACCAGGCACAUAUAUGCGUCAGUCCAGGUUGCCAUACCUCAUUAGCACAACAAGAUGAACACCGAAUUCAUAAAAGUAGUUAAUUGAAUAGUGGUAAUAUAUAUGAAAAUGAUUGCAUUUAAGGACGUAGUACGGGAAAGAAUUAGUUCGUAGAAAAGAAGAUAUGAAGCGAUUUUAAUCUCAUAGUUUAAGGAAAGACAAAGAGUGUAUACACCAACGCUAUUGUGAUCGAUUCUGAGCCAUGUCACCCAGAGUCUCCAACUAUUGUUUACGAUGAUUGCGCGAACUCCAACCAAGUAGUCAGCAUCUAUCAACGUGGCUAACACCAGAAGUUAGUUAUCAUACGUUGACUAUAUAUUUACUUGUAAUUUCUCAGUUUCAUAAAAAAACAGGUUCUGUAUAUAUGCAACACUUGUUUCCCUUUUUGUUUCAGAGUCUGAUCGAUUCGCCGUUCACU